AUUUAAAGGCGUUUGUCAAGUUUGUCUAUGACUACGUAAUCCUAUGUAAUGAGACCAAUUCUGCCAUUACUCGUUACGUUCAUUAUUCCACAAUUCAGACCAGCAAGUGUUCACCGUCACCGUUCUUUUUAAUUUGCCAUUAAACAGUAAUUUAUUACAAUUUACGAGUGGACUCUGUGAACGAAUUAUUUCAAGGUCUGUGUACGUUCAAUGUGUCUCCGUUCUUCAGUGCUUCCAUAACCGAAUCAAUGGUAUUGCAAUUGACUCCGUACACAUGCUCGUCUGUAGUGCGUACUCUUAUCAGUUUACGGUGACUACGAAAACAAUUCCAAUCAUUCCUGUGCACUAAUUAUACCGUUCGUACUUGAUGAAAUGACCGCUUGAAAAUGCUGUUAUUCAUAUCGACACUAGAUCAUUAAAUGAACAAUUGACGAACUUGAAAUUAUAACUAAUUUAAUUGUAGUCUUAAUUUUUUUUUCUAACUAUUAAAUUAGUAAUACAUAAAUCUUAAUACAUAAAAAAAAAUAACGAAAAAAAGUUGUGUUCAGAUAAACUUCUGAAAAAUGAAUAGUUAUCAUGUGCCCUGCAAUCAAAUGAAAGAUGAAUAUCAACAAUGUUUUAGUUCUUGGUUCACUGAGUGUUACAUGAAAGGCGAUUAUGAUGACAAAAGGUGUGCCAAAAAGUUUGAACAGUACCAAAAUUGCCUACGAAAUGGUCUUCAAGGACAAUCUUUAGAUUUUGAUGAAAUUUUAAAACCUAGGUUAGGAACGGAGAAAAUGAAAAAGUGAAGUAGCCACUUCUGUUUAUAUUUUUACAUAUAAUAAUUAUACAAUAAAAUAGUUAUUUUAUUAUUUAGUUAAUAAAUACAGUUCAAUUAUUUUAGUUUUAUUAUUUGGGUUAUGACAACAGUUAAGUAGAUUAAGUUUUUUUUUUAUUAAAAAAUAUAUUAUUUAGUUAUCUAUUUUAUACUAUAAUUGUAAGUGCAAAAUUUUGCUCUAAUAACAUCAUCAUUAACUAUUAAAUC